AUGGCACCCAACUCCAGAGCCCGUCAACCCGAAGCUGAGGCGGCUGAUGCUGUGAUGGACGACGCGCCCACUUCAGCGCAGGUCGAGGAUGAGGCUCAGGACGAGUUUGAGGAGGCUGAGGAGGAAGAGGAAGAAGAACAGCGGGUCAAGAUGCUUCCCGGAUCAACAGAAACUGCUGCCUCGUUUGAGUUCCUCAAAGAGGGCCAUACCAUGGGUAACGCCCUGCGGUAUAUCAUCAUGAAGAACCCUGAAGUUGAGCUCUGUGCAUAUGCAAUCCCUCAUCCUUCAGAGCACAAAAUGAACUUGAGGAUACAGACCUAUGAGGGCACAACUGCCAUCGAGGCUUUGGAAAAGGGCCUCAAAGAUUUGCAGGAACUGUGUGAUGUUGUGACCGACAAGUUUACAGUCGCCAGGGAUGACUUUGCAGGUCGCAUGGAGAUGGACAGUUGA